AAAAAAAAAAAAAAAAAAAAGGAUUAGAGGAGUAAUGGCAUGUUAGUAAUUUACCCGAAAAAUAUCUGCAAUCUAGCUUUAGCCGACGUGUCUAAUGGCCCACAUGACCGACAUCUAUGCUUAAAGCCAAUCAAAGCCGACCAUUCAGCUCCAUGUGUGGGCCCGUUCCCACCUCUUUUAAUACGUGUCAGUAAAUUAUUGGUUCAAUUCAUGCCUUCUACAUUAUUCUGUUUUUCUUCUAAUUCGUCCUAACUUCUAUUGUAUAAUUAGUCUUUCCAUUUAGUACUGAUCCUUUGGCUAGAUAAUUCUGUUAAUACUUAAUAGUUCGGUUAUAAUUCUUCCCUUUUAAUUUGCCCCUUUAUUUAUAGUAUAUUUUACAGAUACAACCUGAAAGUCUUAAAAGAGUUGGAAACAUCACUUUUGAAGUUUGAAAUUUCUUUCAUAUGCUUUUUAUAUAAUAUUUUUCAACAAGUAAGUGAAGUAAAAUGUCAAAACGAUUUAAAAUAAAAAUCAAGAAAAAGGUUUUAAAAAAUUGUUAACUUCUAUUUCCGGGCAAAUUAUGUAGUGUUUUGUUGUUUUUUGUUACAAAAAGUUUGAAAUAAUAGGAUGGUGACACAACAUCAAAUUCAAAUUCCAAACAACUACAUAACAUAUAUGCCAAGUCCAUUGAAACUCUUUAAAUUAUACAUCUGUUAUCCUUUUAAAUCUGAUAAAAUGCAAUACAAUAAUAGAUUAAAAGGAUGUACUUCAACCACGUAACCAUAGACCAUUGAUUAAUCCAAAACAAAACCAUAGACCAUAGUUCGAUACAGCUUCUGUUGAUAAAAGUACAUGACUAUGCGAUUAUCUAAUAUUAGUUUAACUCUUCAUCUAUAUAUUAAAAACAUAUAUCGUUUAAAUUAAGAAAAAAGUGGUGAUACUGAUAUCAUGAUAUUCAUCUACCGACUUCAAGAAAUAAGAGGGGUCAUUAUACAAUUCAAGAAAUAAAUAUCCAUCUUUUUGGAUCAUUUUAAAAAUAAUUAAAUCUUUACAGCGUUACCUCCGCGUUGGCCUGGACCCUUCUCUUGACACUAUAAAAACCCCACUCUCUCUUAUCUCAUCACAAACAUUACUCAUUCACAAAACCAUCUUAAAGCAACUACACAAGUCUUGAAAUUUUCUCAUAUUUUCUAUUUACUAUAUAAACUUUUAAUCAAAUCAAGAUUAACUAUGGCUGAGGAGUACAAGAACAACGUUCCCGAGCACGAGACACCAACGGUCGCAACAGAGGAAUCACCAGCGACGACAACAGAGGUUACGGAUCGUGGAUUGUUUGAUUUCUUGGGGAAGAAGGAAGAGGAAGUGAAACCUCAAGAGACAACGACGCUCGAGUCUGAGUUCGAUCAUAAGGCUCAGAUCUCUGAACCGGAGUUAGCUGCGGAGCACGAGGAAGUGAAGGAGAACAAGAUUACUCUGCUAGAGGAGCUUCAAGAAAAGACCGAGGAAGAUGAGGAGAACAAGCCUAGUGUCAUCGAAAAGCUUCACCGAUCCAACAGCUCUUCUUCCUCUUCGAGCGAUGAAGAAGGUGAGGAAAAGAAGGAGAAGAAGAAGAAGAUCGUUGAAGGAGAGGAAGAUAAGAAAGGACUAGUGGAGAAGAUCAAGGAGAAGCUCCCAGGACACCACGACAAGACAGCAGAGGAUGAUGUACCAGUUUCCACUACCAUCCCGGUACCAGUGUCGGAGAGUGUGGUGGAGCAUGACCAUCCCGAGGAAGAGAAGAAAGGAUUAGUUGAGAAGAUCAAGGAGAAGCUUCCUGGUCACCACGACGAGAAAGCAGAGGAUUCACCAGCUGUCACGUCCACGCCGUUGGUUGUAACGGAGCAUCCGGUGGAGCCUACGACGGAGCUUCCAGUGGAACAUCCGGAGGAGAAGAAGGGGAUUUUGGAAAAGAUCAAAGAGAAGCUUCCAGGUUAUCAUGCCAAGACCACUGAAGAGGAAGUGAAGAAAGAAAAAGAGUCUGAUGAUUAAGCAAAAUGGUUAAAGAAUGAAUAAUGAUGUGGGAGUGGGACAUUCGCUGUGUUUUGUGAUCAUUAUCUUUCUCUUUUAAGUUGUUAUUGUGGCUUUCGUUGAUUGCAUUUGAUCCUUUAUUUUGUAAUUUCAUUCUAUCUUUUAUAUAAAGUUUGCAUAUGGUUUAUACUUAAAUGUUUUCGAGUUUGUGUAAGUUGUGUGUGUAGGAGGAUUUCAUUUGGUUAUCCCAUAACACUCAUCGUAUACUCACUCUUACGUUUGGUGAUUACGUUAUUCACAUGAUCACCUCGAAUUGUCAAAAAAGUUUCAAAUG